AACAUUAGAGAGCAUAGGGAGAAGUGAGAAGAGAAAGAGGGGUUUUGUCGUCUAUAUUGUCUGGUGCAAUCUGCAUCUCCACCCCCAUUCUCGCAUCCGCCUCCUCCCCACUACGCUGACGCUGGUGAUGGACGACUACGCUCGGGAGAUGAUGGAGCUGAAGACGCUCGUCACCCGCACCCUCGAGAAGAAGGGCGUCCUCGCCAAGAUCAGGGCUGAGCUAAGAGCGAGUGUGUUCGAGGCCAUAGAAGAGGAGGAUCGGGUAGUGGAGAAUGAUGAUGGUGGGAAUCCUGCUUUGCUUGGUAGCUGCAAUGACCGAGCUAAGCAGCUCCAUGCUUCACCUUCAGGUAGGUUGUUAACAGCACUUGUAAGCGAAUACUUGGAGUGGGCCCAACUAAGUCACACGAUGAAAGUUUAUUUACCUGAAUGUAAUCUGCCAAAGGACUUCUGGAAGAAUGAAUUAAAGGAUUUUUCUAACAAAAGUGGAGCUGAAGGAAGCAGGAGUGCUGAAAGUGGCCCCAUGCUUCUAGAUGUUCUUGAAGGAUAUCUCAAAUAUGAGAAUUUGUCUCAAACAAGGAUGGCUGGUAGGAGAAUUAUCAACUCUGAGUCAGAUCAUACAUUAAAUGCUGAACAACGGAACAACAUGAGGAGGCCAUCAUCAUCCUCUUCAGUUACAGGCUUGCCUCCUAUGGGAAGGCCAAUGCCAUCAUCACAAGCAUCAGACCGAAGAGGGGGAUCUUCAGCCUCAAAUGCCAGGAAGGAUGAAUACAACUGGAGAUAUGACGCUGAUGAUAUCUCAGAAGAAGUAUUGCGUGCAUCAAGUGCCCUAGAAAACGUCCAGCUAGACCGGAAAGCUCGCAAUCUUACAACUUCUUGGAGGCAUCCGGGUGACGGUGCCGAGUAAAAUCUCAAGUUGGGAUGGGUCCAACUCGCCAUUGCCCUGCUUGGACCGCUCCUUUGGGGCAUAUGUAUCGUGUUGGUUGCUGUGAUGGGAUUGUGCGCUUGCGCAGAGGAAUGCUUAGUGUUGAUCAUGCCUUCUGUACUCUUAGCUAAUUUAUUUAUGCACCAGAAAUGAGUUUGAUUUUGUGCUGGACAAUUAUGUUCUUUUGUGCAUAAUUAGUUGCGUGUAGUUUCUAACAAAUUGUUGGUAAUGCCUGUUCCUAAGUGGCAUACAAACGUGUCCUCAAGCGGCAGUUUCCUCCAAAUCCAACCAAGCACAUCCAGUUUCCUGCGCCUCUUGUAAGUUGUAAUUCAUUCUUGAGAGGCAUUCACCUUUUUUUUUUUGAGAAUAUGCAACUGCAUAUCUUUUUAUAUUAAGGAAGGGGAGAGUA